AUGAUGGUGAUGGGCUACUUCCGGUCGUCGACCAAGUCCACGACAUCGUCGUCGGCGGCGGGCGGCAAGAACAAGAAGAAGGCGAAGAACAGUUGUGCGCCGGCGCGCGAGGAGGCGGCCGGGCUCCGGGAGGCGCUGCUGGACCAGCCGGCGGCGGCCGAGGCGGAGGGCGGCGUGCCCAAGGGCUACUUCGCGGUGUACGCCGGGGAGGAGUCCCGCCGGUUCGUCGUGCCCACGGGGUACCUCCAGGAGCCGGCGUUCCGGGACCUCAUGGAGCGCGCCGCCGACGAGUUCGGCUUCGCGCAGGCCGGCGGCCUGCGCGUGCCCUGCGCCGAGGAGGACUUCGAGGACCUCCUGCGCCGCCUCCAGCGAAAGAACGGCGGCGGCGCCGCCGGAAGGGGAAGAAAGCCGUCGUCGGCCGGUAGAUGA